AUGGAAAACGCUGCGCUCCUCGGGCUCCUCGACAACUCACAACAAUGCGGCGGAUUAUCCACGAAGAACAAUAUAUUCGUUGUGUUCCUCCUCCUCAACGUCCUCCGCAUGGCAACCACAUUGAGCGCGACCAUAUCUCCCAACCAGUCAUCUCUAAUCACUGCAUUCAGCGACCCGUACCUCACUGCGAUCCUUGUCUCGCGCUUCCUCCUCGACCUCCAGGAGUCCCAUCAGCGCACCGUCAAGCUCGGCUCCGACGACCCGCUCCACUCGUCUGCCUCCGACUUCCAGGCCGGAAUCGGCUCCCUGCAGUUUGCGGUCGAUGUCAUGGGAUCCAUAAGGGCGGAUAUAAGGCCUUUGGGAGAUGAAGACGACUCAGAGGAAGAGUCAGAGGAAGGCUGCCCCGAGCCAGACGAUUCCCCGGUCAGGGAAGAAGCCGCGUGUGGUAGGCUCCAGAGUGAGGGCUACGAUGUGCCAUGUCCAACUUGA